AUGAAUAUGUUUCAUCAAAAAAAGAAAACCACAGGACGCAAGAAGAUUGAAAUCAAGAAACUUGAGAAAGAUUCAAACAAACAAGUCACAUUCUCAAAAAGACGUUCAGGUUUAUUCAAAAAAGUCAGCGAACUUUGCAUUUUAUGUAAUGUUAAUGUAGCCAUCAUUGUGUUUUCUCCUGCCGACAAAUUAUUCUGUUUUGGUCAACCUAACACCGACACAAUCCUUAAAAGUUACCUUGAAGGAACCACUGAGUUUGAACAUUCUAAGUUAACGGAAAAUUCUUCUACCUAUGAAGAGUACAAUAGAGAAUAUGAAGAGGCUUUAAAAGGGUUGGAGAUAGAAAAGAAGAAAAUGGUGGAGGUUGAAAAUUUGGCUAAGGUUUGGAACAAAGGUGAUUGGUGGAAUGAACCCAUUGAUGAUAUGAGUAGGGAAGAGCUUGAACAAUUUAUGGUGUCAAUUUAUGAGUUAAGAAGGAAGCUACUCGAAAGAUUAGAUGGACUUGUCAUGAUGCUUGCUAUGUUGUAGAAUUGGUU